AUGGCAGAACAGUUAGAGAGCCGUGUUCUGGGGAUCGAGCAGGGGCAGGAAGAGCUGAGUAAUCAAAUAAAGAAGAUAUUGGACCUAUUGCUGAACAAAGGGAAGACAGUUCAAGAUCAGGAUCAUGAAGAAGAAAAUGACCCUAUCCACCCGCCCGGUUUUACUCCAAUUCAGGGGCAAUCUUCUGGUCCGCCCCCAUUCACCUCAGAGAAACCGCCGCAUGGCACGCCACCUUUUAUCCCAGCAGUGACAGGAAUAGGGAUGCCCUCAUCAGCGGUUGCGGGUGUAGGGACAAGCAAGACUGCGACGGAAUACCGUUGUGACGAAUUGGAAGAACGGCUAAGGGCCAUAGAGGGGACUCGGACCACCAGUACCGCCAGACCCUCAGAUUACUGCCUAGUCCCUAAUGUAGUCAUUCCUCCAAAGUUUAAGAUGCCAGACUUCGAGAAGUUUGACGGGACCACAUGCCCUCAUACCCACCUCCGGAUGUAUUGUCAGUCGAUGGCCGCCUAUACCGAUAAUGAGAAGUUGAUGAUGCAUUGCUUCCAAAGCAGUCUUACCGGGACAGCGGCUAGAUGGUAUGUCCAACAGAAUAAGGCCCAGAUCCGCACGUGGGGUGACUUGGCCGAUGCCUUUGAAGCGCAAUAUCGUCAUAUCUUGGAAAUGGCUCCAGACAGGAUGUUUCUUUCGGAAAUGGAAAAAAAGCCAACAGAAACUUUCAGGGAGUAUGCACACCGUUGGAGAGACGCGGCCACUCAAGUGGACCCUCCGGUCAACGACCGUGAGGCAAUAUCGAUGUUCGUAGGGACGUUAAAAGAUCCCUACCGUUCACAUCUAGUAGGGUCCACUCCUCAUAACUUCAUGGACAUUGUGUCGGCAGGGGCCAGAGUGGAAGCCGACGUCAAAGCUGGACGGAUAAAGACUGGCACUACCGAUAAUGGCCCAAGUAAGAAGUGGGUCAAAGGUAAAAAGGAAGAAGAGACCCAAAUGAUACAGGGACCUAUGAGAAGCCUAAGACAGAGAAGCCGAAGUCAACAACCUCGGGGAAAUUUCUACAUGGAACCAGUAGUAAACCAAACACUGCAUAUGGGCCCCAGACCCCAGUUUGUGGCCCCCGCGCUUGUGCCAACCCAGCCGAACAUACCAACUCGCCCGAGCCAGCAAACACACACGAGGAAUACACCCAAGAGUUUUCGGAGAUUGGAACCGAUUCCCAUGUCAUACGCAGACUUAUUCCCCCAGCUUUUAGAACAAAGGAUGAUAUCUACUAUCCCCGGGAUUCCUCUCACAAAUCCUCCCCCACACUGGUAUAAUCCCGAGGUCCGAUGCGCGUACCAUGCCAAUUCUCCAGGGCACCCUAUUGACCAAUGUUGGGCCUUCAAACACAAGGUGCAAGAUUUGAAGGAUGCGGGUUGGUUGUCAUUCGAUGCGAAGCCGGUUGGUAUUCAAGAGAAUCCUUUGCCUGACCAUGGGAAGGACAAUGUCGGAAUGAUCGAGGAACAAGAUGGGGAAAAAUUUGAAAGAAGAUGGGAGCAAAUGACGCUAGACUGGGUGUAUAGUGAACUGACAACGGCAGGCCUAGCAGGGUUAAAGGCUAUUUGCCCUAAAGGCGCCCCAUGCACAUGCCAGAAUACUAUGAAAAGAUCAGUACAACAAUGUGAGACUUUCCGGAUUUUUCUAAGUAGCUUGAUUGACAGCAAACGAGUGGAAGUUAGCCGCGUUCAGAAAACAAAUGAAGUUUCAGUCAUAGGGGAAUCUGACCAUCCCCAAUUCACCAAUAGACCAUUUAUCCCCAUCAUGGGAAAAACCCCACGAGUCCCAGAGGCCCCAGUUCGGGUAGUGAUCUCAGCCCCUCGCCCUUUCGCAUACCACAGUGACCAGGCAGUGCCAUGGAGAUACAAUUGUGAAGUACGCACCGAAGGAGAAACUAGCAGUGCUGCUGAAGCAAGAGGGAUAACCAGAAGUGGAAGGGUUUAUACGCCGAAGGUCUUGGAGAAGGUGCAACCUAGCCAAGAACAGAAUAGGAACCUGAAGAAGCCAGUUCAAUCUCAGGAAGCCGAAGAAUUCUUGAAGAUUAUUAAACACAGUGAAUACAACAUUAUUGAUCAACUGAAGAAGAUGCCAGCCCAUAUCUCUGUUUUAUCACUGUUGUUGAGCUCGGAAGCCCAUCGGGAAGCCCUAUUAAAGGCUCUUAAUCAGGCCUAUAUUCCCCAAGACAUCAGCAUCGAUAAUUUUAACCAUGUGAUUGGUGGUCUUACGGCUACCAACUACAUUACAUUCGCUGAUGAGGAGAUCCCCGUGGAAGGACAAGGGCACAAUCAGGCGUUGCAUGUUUCCGCUAAAUGUCGAGAUCACAUGAUUGCACGAGUGUUGAUCGAUAAUGGGUCAUCUUUGAAUGUCAUGCCCAUGACGACCCUACAAAAACUGCCUGUUGACCCGUCCUACAUAAGGCAAAACAAUUUGACUGUGCGGGCUUUCGAUGGCACCCGCAGGGAAUCGGUGGGAUCUAUUGAAAUUCCUAUGCAAAUUGGACCAGUCACCUUCGACAUUACAUUCCAAGUCAUGGCCAUAACCCCGUCUUAUAGCUGCUUGUUGGGGAGGCCGUGGAUACAUAACACCGGGGCAGUUCCGUCUUCUCUGCACCAACGGGUCAAAUUUGUAGUAGAUGGGAAACUGGUUUGUGUAUAUGGUGAAACCGAUGUUAUGAUAACAAAGCCCACUUCCACUCCUUAUGUGGAAGUCACGGAGGAGGCAUUGGAGGACUCAUUCCGAGCCUUUGAGAUCAUAAAUGUCACAACUAUAGUAGAAGGAUCUCCAAUCCCACACCCUCAGAUCCCCGCCGCAGUGCAUAUGAUGGCGUCCGAAAUGAUUAGACAGGGGUACCAUCCAGAAAAAGGGCUCGGAAAAUACCUACAGGGGAUCCGAAAACCGUUAAUGCUUAAGGAAGUCAAAGACAGAUAUGGCCUUGGCUACAUACCUACGGUGGCAGACCGAAGGAAGAAAGCUGAAGAGAAGAAGAUGCGGAGGGUGGAAAGAAUCACUGGUGAAACAAGCUCCAAGGAAGGACUGUACGUCCCGUCCAUCAGCCAAACCUUCGUAAAAAGCAGUCAAUCCAACCUGGAGGCAGAAUUGCGGCAAUUAAGUAUAUCAGUAUUGGAUGCUGAAGUCCCGUCGAACACUUCUACAGAGUGGAUCCAUCAUCUCCAACCAGGAGUACAGCUUCAGAACUGGAGUUCUUUUGAUUUACCAGAUAUCAUCAUUAGCGAUCCCACCGUCAUGAUUAAUCUUGGAACUGAGGAAGAGCCCAAGCAGGUGAAAAUCGGAGCACUACUAAAGGGUGAAGAAAAAGACAAAAUGAUUGAAUUACUAAGGGAAUACCGAGACGUGUUUGCCUGGUCGUACCAAGACAUGCUAGGUUUAGAUACGGAUUUAGUAACCCACAAGAUCCCACUUCACCCAGAUUCAAAGCCAGUAAAGCAGAAACUGAGGAGAAUGCGGCCGGAGAUGUUACUCAAGAUAAAGGAGGAGGUACAGAAACAGCUUGAGGCAGGAUUCUUGGAGGUAGCCCAGUACCCUGAAUGGAUGGCCAACGUUGUCCCAAUAAUCAAGAAGAAUGGUAAAGUACGAGUUUGUGUCGACUACCGGGAUCUAAAUAAAGCAAGCCCUAAGGACAACUUCCCUCUCCCACACAUUGAUGUGUUGGUGGACAAUACUGCAGGGCAUGCUUUAUUUUCAUUCAUGGAUGGAUUCUCCGGAUACAACCAGAUUAGGAUGGCACCUGAGGACAAGGAAAAAACGACUUUCAUCACAUUAUGGGGGACUUUCUGCUAUAAAGUCAUGCCAUUUGGACUAAAAAAUGCCGGAGCCACUUACCAGAGGGCUAUGGUAACCCUUUUUCAUGACUUAAUGCACAAGGAGGUUGAGGUUUAUGUCGACGACAUGAUCGUUAAGUCGCGAAAUGAGAAAGACCAUGCGUUAAACUUGGAAAAAUUGUUCGAGAGGCUCCGGAAGUGCCAAUUGAAGUUAAAUCCCGAAAAAUGUACUUUCGGUGCUACGUCCGGGAAGCUAUUGGGGUUUAUAGUAAGUGAGAAAGGGAUUGAGGUAGAUCCUGACAAGGUCAAAGCCAUUCGAGAGAUGCCUAGCCCAAAGUCUGAAAAGGAAGUGCGAAGUUUCUUAGGUAGGCUCAACUACAUUGCUCGGUUCAUAUCUCAAUUAACCACCACCUGCGAACCCAUCUUCAAGCUGCUGAGAAAGAACAACCCAGAAAAGUGGAACAAAGAGUGUCAAGUGGCCUUUGAAAAAAUAAAGGAGUACCUUUUGAAUCCCCCAGUACUAGUGCCACCAGUACCCGGAAGGCCUUUAAUCUUGUACUUGGCGAUUUCAGGAAACUCCAUGGGUUGCGUAUUGGGCCAGCAUGAUGAGACCGGGAGGAAAGAAAGGGCCAUUUAUUACCUUAGUAAGAAGUUCACAGAUUAUGAGUCUAAGUACUCUGAUCUGGAAAAAACAUGUUGCGCUUUGGUAUGGACGGUCAGUAGGCUGAGGCAAUACACCUUGUAUUACUCCACUUGGCUGAUCUCCAAAAUGGACCCAAUCAAGUACGUGUUUGAAAAGCCCGUAGUAACUGGACGAGUAGCACGAUGGCAGAUGUUGUUGACGGAAUAUGAUAUUUCUUAUGUCACCAGGAAAGCUAUCAAAGGUAGUGUCAUUGCCGAAUACCUAGCUGAAAGAGCCGUGGAGGAUUACCAACCUAUGGAGUUCGAAUUCCCAGACCAGAAUAUAAACUCCCUAACCCAAGAGGAAGAAGACUUCGAAGAAUGGAGGAUGUUGUUCGAUGGGGCGGUCAAUGUUUGGGGACGUGGGAUAGGCGCAGUGCUCAUAUCACCAGAUGGGAAACAUUAUCCGGUGGUAGCUAAGCUCAUCUUCCUUUGUACUAACAACAUAGCCGAAUACGAGGCAUGUAUAUUGGGUUUGCAGACCGCUUUAGAUCGGGGUGUCAAGCGACUAAUAGUAAGAGGAGACUCGGCCUUAGUCAUUCACCAGCUAACCGGAGAAUGGGAAACUCGCGAUUCCAAGUUAGUACCGUAUCGAGAGUACAUUCAAAAGAUAAUAGAAAGGUUUGACAGUAUCAGUUUCUCUCACACACCAAGAGAAAACAAUGUAAUGUCUGAUGCACUAGCCACACUGGCAGCUUUAUUCAAGGUAGAAGAAGGGGUGAAGAUCGAAGCUAUUCAUAUCAGAGUACAACCCGAACCUGCCUACUGCACGGUGAUAGAGGAGGCCGACGGAAAACCGUGGUUUUAUGAUAUCAAAACCUACAUCCAGAAAAAUGAGUAUCCCGAAGGGGCAUCCAAUAAUGAUCGGAGGACUAUUAGAAGGUUGGCCAUGGGUUUCUUCUUAGAUGGUGAAGUUUUGUACAAAAGAAAUCAUGACAUGACCCUCCUACGGUGUGUAGAGGCACAGGAAGCCCAACAAGUCACGCGUGAGGUUCACGAGGGAGUCUGCGGUACCCACGCUGGAGGCCACUCAUUGGCACGAAAAAUACUUAGGAGUGGGUAUUAUUGGAUGACCAUGGAGAGAGAUUGCAUUGACUACGCCCGAAAGUGCCAUAAGUGCCAAGUUUACGGUGAUCGGAUCCAAGUCCCACCAGCCCCACUUCAUGUUCUCUCCGCACCUUGGCCCUUUUCAGCCUGGGGCAUGGAUGUGAUCGGGCCAAUAAGCCCAAAAGCCAGUAAUGGACACCGUUUCAUCUUUGUGGCAAUCGAUUAUUUCACUAAAUGGGUAGAAGCCGCCUCGUAUUCCAGUAUCACACAGAAUGUAGUGAGUCGUUUCGUCAAAAGAGAGUUGAUCUGCCGGUACGGAGUUCCUGAGAGAAUAAUCACGGAUAAUGCCAAGAACCUGAACAACGCAGUAAUGACCAAGCUAUGCAAUCAGUUCAAGGUUAAGCAUCACAAUUCAACGCCUUAUAGACCACAGAUGAAUGGCGCGGUGGAAGCAGCCAACAAAAACAUUAAGAACAUUUUGGAGAAGAUGACAGAAACUUACAGAGAUUGGCAUGACAAGCUUCCCUUCGCCCUAAUGGCUUACAGGACUACGACUAGAACCUCCACGGGCGCUACUCCCUUCUCUUUGGUGUACGGAAUGGAGGCAGUGGUCCCUGUAGAAGUUGAGAUCCCAUCUCUAAGAGUUCUAAAAGAAGUAGAGUUGGCUGAGGCAGAGUGGGUACAAUCCCGAUAUGACCAGUUAAACUUGAUUGAGGAGAAAAGGAUGGCCGCCAUGGCCCAUGGACAACUAUACCAAAGAAGGAUGAUGAGAGCGUUUAACCGAAAAGUGCGGCCCCGACAGUUUCAAGAGGGGGACCUAGUGCUGAAAAAGAUUUUACCGAUUCAUACAGACCCUCGUGGCAAGUGGACACCAAACUAUGAAGGGCCUUACGUUGUAAAGAAGGCGUUCUCAGGAGGUGCCCUGCUGUUAGCAAAUAUGGACGGAACUGACCUAUUGCACCCUGUUAACUCUGAUGCUGUAAAGAAAUAUUAUGCCUAA